AUGGUCGGCGCGCUCUGGCCCAUGUUUGACACGAACCGGUCGGGCUCCAUCAGCUUCCGAGAGUUCAACAAGCGCGAUGGCCUCCGCGAGACGCUCCUGGCCCAGAUGGGCAGCAGCGGAGGCAGCCCCCCGGCGCACGUGGGGGCCGAGCUCGGCCGGCCGCAGCGCCCGCCCGCCUUUGGCGGCUACCCGCAGCCAGCCGCAGCGAUGCCCGUGGCAACCCCGGUCGUCGUGGCCACGCCAGUGGCGCCGCACGGCGCCGGUGGCCACGCCGGUCACCACGCGGCGCACCGGCCGGCCCCGCCCAGCCAGGGUGUGCCGAAGCCCACGGGCAGGCGCAAGGCCGUGCUCAUCGGCAUCAACUAUGUGGGCACCCGCGCGCAGCUCCGGGGCUGCGUGAACGACGUGAGCAACGUGAGGUCGCUGCUAACCAACAGCAUGGGGUGGCACCCGGGCAGCAUUCAAACACUCACGGACGAUGGGAAUUCCACGGUGCCCACCCGCCGAAACAUCGAAGCAGCUCUCAAGUGGCUGGCGGACGGCGCGAGGCCGGGGGACGUGCUGUUCUUGCACUUCUCUGGGCACGGCGCGCAGCAGAAUGACCCCAACGGCUUCGAGGAGGACGGGAUGAACGAGACGAUCCUGCCCGUCGACUUCAAGUCUGCUGGCAUGAUCUCGGACGACCAGCUGGGCGAGAUUCUGGUCAAGCACCUGCCGGAGGGCGUGCGCCUCACAGCCGUCAUGGACUGCUGCCACAGCGGCACGGGCCUGGACCUCCCGUACACGUGGACCUCUCGCGGCUGGAAGGAGGAGACCAACCCGUACCACUCCAUGGGUGAUGUCGUGAUGUUCAGCGGGUGUGCUGACGACGACACGUCUGCGGACGCGACCACCGCAUACGGAGCCUCUGGCGGCGCCAUGACGACCGCGUUCUGCGACGUGCUGCGCUCUAAUCCGAGGCUGAACUUCACCGAGCUCAUGAGGCAGCUGAACCAUACCAUCGCCCGGCGAGGCUUCCGACAGCGCGCCCAGCUUACGUCCUCUCAGCAGUUCAGCUUCGACCGGCCGUUCUUGUUGGAUGACAUCGCUCCAAACUCCAACAGGACCCUCGGCCGCACCGUCAGGCGCAAGUUUCCGCCGCGGCCCCGCGCCAUGAAUGGACCCCUGAGCGACAUGCUCGGAGUCGGUGGCGCGGUGGUCGGCGGAAUGAUGGCCGCGCAGGUUGCCGGCGGGCUGCUCGGGGCUUUGUUUGGGUGA